AGGCGGGCAGCGGUGCAGAGCCGUCAAGAGGGCAGCGCCGCCAUUUCGGUCUCUAUUGCUGCUCCACGCCCGCCAGGGGGCGGCCUCCUCCGAGGGCCUCACCACGCGCCGGGGGCCGCGCGGCGGGAGCCCGGUACCGGACGAGUGGCAGCGCCGCUGGGGGUCGUCCUUCGCGGACAGCCGCGCCGUGCUGUCGUCUCCGUUCGGUGUCCGUUCCCUGUCCGUCCUCCGGGGAAGACACCUGGGCGGGCGGCGGCGCCCGGAGGGGUGGAGGGGCAUGAAGCCUUUCAGGAAGGCUUUCCAGAGGAAGAGCUAACAGACUGCUCUGAAGUCAAUACAAGCUUCUGUGAAACAGCAGGGUUUGGAGGACCUGUGUUAGAGAGCAACUGUUUUCAGGUACCUGCAUUAAAUCUCAGCCUUGCUUUUCUGCCAGCUGCUGCAGAGCAGAAGAUUAGCAGACAUGUCCACUGCACUCAAACAAGUCUUUAAUAAAGACAAGACUUUCCGCCCAAAACGCAAGUUUGAACCUGGAACCCAGAGGUUUGAACUUCACAAACGAGCACAGGCAUCUCUGAACUCAGGCGUGGACUUGAAAGCAGCUGUGCAGUUGCCUAGUGGAGAAGACCAAAAUGACUGGGUUGCUGUUCAUGUUGUUGACUUCUUCAAUAGGAUCAACCUUAUUUAUGGAACUAUCUGUGAGUUCUGCACAGAGAAGACCUGCCCAGUGAUGGCUGGAGGCCCUAAGUAUGAGUAUCGGUGGCAGGACGACAUGAAAUACAAGAAGCCCACAGCAUUGCCAGCACCCCAGUAUAUGAAUCUUCUUAUGGACUGGAUCGAGGUGCAAAUCAACAAUGAGGAUCUCUUUCCUACAAAUGUAGGUGUUCCCUUUCCGAAGAACUUCCUUCAGAUCUGCAAGAAGAUACUUUGCCGGCUUUUUCGGGUGUUUGUUCACGUCUACAUCCAUCACUUCGACCGUAUCAUCGUUAUGGGGGCUGAGGCUCACGUCAAUACUUGUUACAAGCAUUUUUAUUAUUUUGUGACAGAGUUCAAUCUCAUCGACCGCAAAGAAUUAGAGCCUUUGAAAGAGAUGACAACCAGGAUGUGUCACUAAAAGGCUAUCCACUGAAGAAAAGCAAAGUCCAGUUUUCUUCUUACUGCAGAGUUCAAGAAUGUCACAGCCCUUGUGGACUGAGCCUGCUUGUUAAUCCAUGAAAGCACAAAAGAUGGGAACCACAGUUAAUUUCACGAAUGCUUUCCACCACUUUCAGUGUUCUUAGCCCUGCAUAUGUUGCUAGGAACCUCAUCUGAGCAACAUGGAUUAUUGAGAAAAAGAAGAAUCAAUUUCAUAUUAGAUCUAACUUCUCCAUUAGGGAUAAGAACCUCUUCAGCCACAAAUGAUGGCAGAAUGUGCUCCUGCUGCUAAAGCUUUACUGAAAUUCAGGUCAGGUCCCUGGGCUAACCUCCAGAUUAGUUGUUUAGGAAUGAAACUGGAUUGUUAGCAGCAAUGUUGUUUUCUUUUUAUUUUGUUUCUUGGUUUGUGCUUUGUUUCCCAAGUGCAGCAGAGUAUUAAGAUGAUCUGGAGUUAAUCUGAAAUCACAGAAGACGUCUAGCCUUUAAUGCCUCCCCCCAUCACCAGGCCACCCAAGGCUUGGCCAUUGUUCCCAAAUGCCAGCGAGACUUGCAUUUCCAGGAACACAGCUGUAUUCUUCACCUGAUCAGGCAGCAUGUGCUUCAUUGUGACUCUGAAUUGAGUGACAGGGGACAGUUUCUGAUCUAAAUUACAUGAGUAGAAAUCCAGAUACAGCUCUGCAGUGUUGAAAUAUAUUCUUUGAAUUCAUCCUGUGACUGACAGCAAAUCUGCUCAGUAUCUUUGCUGUACUCAGCAUUUUCCUGAAGUACCCGAUGAAGUACAACAAUGUGAUUUGGUAUCCUCCUGUCCUCUUAGAAGAAGGAUCUCUCUCAUUCAUCUUUUCAGGGAAAAAUAAACUUAAUUUUAGUUACUGUUCUUAAACAUAGUUACUUCCUGGAAGGAAGACGGAGUGAAGACCUGUAACAUAAAAGAGUGGGAGGGACUAAGUGGAGGUCUCUGUUGCAUCUGAACAGUGUCCAGCAGUGUGGCUUGCUUUCCACGCAAAGUUUUUUUGCAAUACUCAGGCCAACUUAACUAAUUCAUGUAUGUACAGCCUGGAAGCAUACAUUGCAGUAAAUCAAGUCUUCUAUGCCAAAUACACCCUGAUAAGAGGCUUUCUUCUAAAAAAACAAGAAGAAAAAAAGAAUAUUAAAGCAAUAUUUCACAGAGAGAUCACAAGAGACAUACAGCUGAGUACAUGGAGUCAAGUGGAACACACUUGCAUAUUUUGUGCCUUCUAAUGAAUUUUGCACACUUGUGUUAUUGUGAAAGAUUAUUCCUUCCUGAGUAAGUGCUGAACUCUGUUGCUCCCUUCUUCUCAAGUUAGGUAUGUUUACAUCUUCUGAGACAGUAUCAGAAGCAAAUCUCACA